AUGGCGCAAGAAGAAAUCCGAAAGGGUCCAUGGACAGAACAGGAAGACUUCAAGCUGGUCUGCUUUGUGGGCUUGUUUGGAGAUCGGCGUUGGGAUUUUAUAGCCAAGGUUUCAGGUUUGAAGGUGGCGGGAGAAGAUAAUAGAACAGGGAAGAGUUGCAGGUUACGUUGGGUUAACUACCUCCACCCAGGUCUCAAGCGAGGGAAGAUGACCCCUCAAGAAGAGAAACUCGUGGUCGAACUUCAUGCCAAAUGGGGAAAUAGAUGGUCCAGAAUUGCUCGCAAAUUACCGGGACGCACAGAUAACGAAAUCAAGAACUACUGGAGAACUUAUAUGAGGAAAAAAGCUCAGGAGAGGAAGCAUUCCGUUUCCCCAUCAUCAUCAUCUUCUAAUUGCUAUUCACCCACAUCAAACAAUCCUCCAGCUGAUUCGUUACCCUUCCAAGAGACUGGAGAAGUAAGCUACUAUGAUACAGGUGGUCCUGAUGCAUCAGCUCCAACAAGAAAGGAGAGUGAAGAAAAAGAAGACCGAGAAAAGGGGGACUCCAUGGAUGAUAUAUGGAAAGAUAUUGCUGUUUCAGAGGGGAAUAAUGAUAUAACGCAGCCUUAUAACUGCUUUAGUGAUGAGAGUUACAGUUACACCUGUCCUCAAAUGGCUUCACCAGUCUGGGAAUUCUACUCUGACUCACUCUGGAAAAUGGAUGAAGAAGAGAGUGAGAUGCUUCUCCCUAUGAGCAAUCAUUACUCUUCCUGGUAAAUACAGGAGUCAAGAGAGGGGCCCUUGUUGGUUGAUCAGAAUUUCAUUAAUUAAUAGUUCUCCAGUUAAGUAGUAUCCCUAUGAGUAAGCGCUAACCCAUAUAGCAUGGUUUAGUCUAAGGUGUGAAGAUAGUAGUCCGUCCACAGAAAUGAGUGUCAUUUCAUGCAUACUGGAGUCCUUCAUCCAUAGGUAAUGUUAUGUUAUAAAGCAGGAAAAAUAACCUCAUCGAUCUCUAAUGAGGUGGUAAUCCUAUUGAUGGAUUUCUUGUAAUAUAGAUUUGAAACUCCUCUUGUGUUUCUUAAGUGAAUGGUAACCUUCGUAUUGUAGCCAA